GUAUAAUAUAUAUACGUAUAUAUCCAAUAGUCUCAUGUAUUUAGAUGAUGAUUGUUGAGCUGAAUUAUAAUUAUAAUUAUAAUGUUUCAUCUGAAAUCACAAUCCCACUUUCCCGCCGUGCUGGUUAACAUCGUUUGUCAGCAGUAUCGACCAAUAUCAAUAUCCAUAUCACGUCACAUCUCCAAAGUAUCUCUUCCCAAGAAUACGAGACCCUUCACCAAUUCUUCUCUUAACCGUCCGAAGAUUCCCUUCAAAAUGGAUCAAGAUCAAAAUUCAGAAACUCUCGUCGCGAUAGGACAAUUAUGUUCCACAGCAGACAUUCAACAGAAUCUUCUCACAUGUCAGAAACUUGCCAAAGAAGCCUCAGAGCAAGGAGCAAAAGCACUCUUUCUCCCUGAAGCUACGGACUACAUAACCACCCCAGGCUCACCCCCUACCUCCCUCUCUCUCGCUCUUCCCAUGAACACAUCCCCCUUCGUCCUCGGUCUCCAAUCCUCAGCUAAGAAAUAUUCUCUAGCUAUAAAUGUCGGGAUCCACGUCCCAAACGCUUCUGGCGACAAGGUGCUUAAUCGAUCCAUCUGGAUUUCCGAGUCUGGAGACAUAAUAGGACAAUAUGAUAAGGUCCAUCUCUUUGAUUAUGCAGCUGCGGGCUUGAAGGAAAGUGAUAGUGUAGAAGCUGGAAAGAGGGUUGGAGGGCCGGUUGAGACCUGCGUGGGAAAGGUGGGAUUGUUGAUUUGUUUUGAUCUCCGCUUCCCCACUGCCUCACUCCAUCUCCGCACCCGAAACACCCAAAUCCUUACCUACCCCUCCGCCUUCACCAUCCCCACCGGCCUCUUACACUGGGAAACUCUUCUCCGCGCUCGAGCAAUCGAAACUCAAUCUUACGUCAUCGCCGCCGCGCAAGUCGGUUCUCACAAUGUCAAACGGGAAAGUUACGGACAUAGUAUGGUUGUUGAUCCGCUGGGGAGGAUUGUGUUGGAUAUGGGUGGAGAUGGCAACACUCUUGCGGGCGGGAAGUUGGGAAUUGCGAAGAUCGAUUUGGGGAAAGUGGGAGAAGCGAGGGAAAAGAUGCCGUUGCUGGCUAGGACUGAUGUUUAUGAGUGAGAACUGCGAAGUCAAUAACCAAUAGCGAACAGUUAACGAUAUA